AUGACAUUAACAGGACUCAGUCAUACGGGUUGCACUUUAGCUCACAAAGGAAGGAAAGCAACUACCGAUACUUUUGUUGUUAAGAUGCUGCGAGAUGCUGGCGCAAUACUGCUAUGCGUCACCAAUACUCCAGAAAUGUGCGGUGGUUUGGAUUGUUACAAUUUUCUGCACGGUCGUUCGUAUAACCCUUACGAUACCAGAUAUACACCUGGCGGUUCGUCUGGCGGUGAGGCCGCAUUGCUCGGAGCAGGUGGUUCCUUGAUCGGAAUCGCCGCGGACUUCAGCGGUUCUAUAAGGGUACCAGGACUUUUCUGCGGUAUCUUUGGAUUCAAACCCACGUCGCAAGUCAUUCCGAGCAGAGACCAUUUUCCAACGCACAACAACGAAUAUUUUCAAAAGUACGUAGCGUUCGGCCCGAUGACUAGGUACGCAGACGAUCUCAGUCUGUUCAUGAAAGUGAUAUCUAUGAAAUCCAAUCGCGACUUACGUCUAGAGGAGCCGGUCGAUUGGAAGCAAAUGAAGGUCUAUUAUCGACACAAUCUGGGUAAAUCCCUUAGCAUUUUGUCACUGUCAUCGGAAUUCAAACAAUGCAUUCUAAAAGCUACUAUUCACUUUGUCGAGCGCGGUGUUCAUACGGAGGAGAUACCGAUAGAGUGGCCUGCCUUGUUAUUUGAAAUGACAGUGAUGCAGUUUAUGCAUAUGGAAGAGCUUGACGUACUUAUAGAUGCCAAGAAUCCCAAGCUUCGAAAGAAUCCUAUAGUGGAAAUGAUAAAAGCUAUAUUCGGGCAAUCGCAUCACACGAUGUCUCUACUUUAUGUCGCGUCUGUAAAUCAUGUCUGUCAUAGGAUAUACUCGGGAAAAGAGAUGUUACGUUACUAUUCGCAGAGGUUUAAGGAAUUUCAACAGAAGUUGCAGAAACUAUUGGGAAAAAAUGGAGUGUUAAUUUAUCCAACUUUCCGAAACACAGCACCUUUUCCUGAACUGGCUUUCGGUGAACUAGCAAACCUCGUUCUGUACUCUUCUUUGGUUAAUGUCCUCGGCUUUCCUGCAGUGCAAAUACCAAUGGGGCUCAACAGCAAGGGAAUGCCCAUGGGUCUUCAGGGAAAUAAGAAAGUAAAAUAUGUGCCUGGUAGUACUGAAAUACAGGAUGAAUACGCAUAAAUGUUCUAACUUUUAUACAUGAGAUAUUAGUUAUCGACGGCAAUUGCAAUUGAUGAAAAAGAGUGAAGAGGGCCUGCGCAUAUCUCCCGUUUUCGAGGGAUUAAUGAAUGUCUGGGAGGAUAGAAAUUUUUCGAACAUUUAUUUUUGAUAAUUACAUAUGCUGGCAAUGUUGUCGGAAAAUAAUUAAAAGUAAAUUAUUCAUUGGACGAUAUAUUAAAAAAUUUUAGGUUAUAGCUGCGCCAUAUCAGGACCGUCUCUGUUUGGCUGUUGCAAAGGAGUUAGAGACGGCAUUCGGUGGUUGGGUACCACCUUCGAUAUC